AUGCACCUCGCGCCCGACGAUUCAGUGGCCUGGGUCGUCGUACGGCAGACAAAAACUAUUCAAUAUUUUGAGCGCGAAUUGCGCAUUCCGUUGGUCGCAAUCCCGGGCUCCGAUUUGUGCCCGGUUCGCGCGUUGCGGCGUCUGUUCGCCGCGGUACCCGCCCCACCGGUCGCCCACGCGUUCAGCUACAUGUCUCCGCGCGGCGCCCGGCUUCAUCUCACGCACCAGGUGUUCGUCGCGCGCUUCAAAUCUUUGCUUAGAAAAAGCUCCUACUGCAUGUCUGAGCACUCCGCUUCUGAAAGCGAGGGUGGGUCUGGUUGGUCUGCACCGCCUUCCCCCGGUGACGAGGAAGAGAAAUGGUAUAGGAUUUCAAACUGCAACUGGGAGCAAACCCUCUCUGGUGGGUUUAGGGCCAUCAGGCCAGAAGGGCCUCCCUCCUUCCCCGUCUGUGUAUACCUGCUUAUGUGGAAUAUCACUACCCACCAGCAGGAGAUAGAUACGUGUGCUGCGGUUAACAAGGAAGGUACGAUCUUCGACGUGGAGUGGAAGCUGGGGCUGCAUAGGUCGGGCGUCUGCUUGGGGAGGCUGGCCUGCCCGGUCAGCAGGGAGGACCUGAUCUCUUGGGGAGAGGAUCCGGACCAGCCGGGCCGGAACGACGGGGACAGGGUCUUCCGGAAGCCGGACCUUAGGGUGGCAGACCUCCAGGAGUACUUCAUUGAUAACCAGCUCUUUAGGAUAGUCUGGUUGUAG